AUACGAUAAGCAUCGAAUAUGUCAGUGUCAAAAGUGACGUUUCUUCAAACAGUGACAUAUCCGAUCCAUAUCGUAUCUAGACCUAAUAUUUGACGUAUCUUAAAGUCUUAAUCGGUCCGUUUGCUAGCCGACUGAAGCCACUGCAUGUGAACGUCGUAUACAAAUCGUAUGUGUGUAUAAAUCCCACCACAAACACAACUAUAUACGACACACCGGUUACUCGCAUGCCAGUUGCUUCACCACACGCGCUGGGAGAACCUUGCCUUGCACACAACAUAUACGUCGGAGUUAAGAAAGUUCAUUCAGAGUUUGAUAAUGUCGAAGUUAGUAUUCGUGUGUUUAAUGAUUGGAAUGGCUAGUGCUGCUACGUUUAGAGGGAAAUCACCGAAAAAACCAGCUCAUUUAGCUCACAAACAAGGCUGCUACGUGGACGAGGUAAAAGACGUCAUCCCGUACGGGUCCAUGGCUACCCCCAUCGGCCAAUGCAUCCGGAUAGAGUGUGGAGGCGACAUGCUGUACUAUGCUACAUGCGGUGUGGUUAGCACUUCUGAUCCGAAAUGCCACAAGACAAAAGGGGAUCUCACUAAGCCCUAUCCCCAUUGCUGCCCUACUAUCAAAUGCGACUCCGAAAACCAAGUAUAACGAGUUAUUUGAGAGUAAAUCCAACUGGCUGAGAAAAACAGGCUGUGACAAAAAUCUAAUACAAUGUUUUCAAAAGUUAUAUAGGUAGGGUUAGGUGGGGUAAAUGUAAGACACGGGUAAAAAUGUUUUUAACACUCAAAAACAUAUUCUAUUUCAUUCCCAUUCCAUUUUAAAAUAUCAUGUUGAAUAUUAUGACAAAAUUUAGAUAAUUGGAUAGAAAAUGAUCCAUCUAUUAUAAAAAAGUGUAAUUUAAAAAGACAUAUUGAGUUUAUAAAAAAAUACAAGGCUCCAAAGUCUGAAUUUAUUUUUAACUUUCAAAAUGUAAAAAAAAGAAAAUGGUCCCUUUCGAUUCCUUACAUUUUAUUGAAAAACAUGACACCUAUAUAUAAUAUAUAAACGCAAUAUUUCAAGGACAAACUACCAAUUCUC